GAAACUUUUUUUUCUGCUCCUCUCUCCGGAGUGUGCAGAGCGUCUUCUCAAACACACCGCUGGUGGAAAACUGGCGGAAAACGACCCAUAAAGACGUUAAAAAGUCAGACAGUGAACCAUUUGGGAGAUAAUAACACCGUUUCCGUUUUCUCCACCAUGAUUCUGUGAGCUUCUUCGUCUGUCUCCAACCACAAACCUCCGACCAGCCGGGACCGAGCUCGAGGAAAACGGACUAGACCAGAGAGGAGAAGGGGUCGGUGCUGCUGUUAUUGAGGACCCGGAGGGAGCGCACGGACAGGUAAACAGCUGACAGCUUUUAUACUUGAAUCUAUGUUUGUUUUCUUUCUCGGAGAGCAAAGAGGCAGAGAAACGGAGAUUUUAUUCUGCUGUAAAGUUUGAGGGCAUGACAGCCCAGCUCAGAUCUGAGUCUCCUGCACACCGAGGCCUUCAUGCUGCAGGACAUCUCAGAGCUUUGGGAUCUGCAUGAAACUGCGGCAGAGGAGGACCAGGCAGACACUAGGCUAUAGCUCAAUUUAUGUUUAUAUAUUAAUUAAUUAAGUUCCAAAAAAUCUAAAGCUAAUUUAUUAAAAAGUAAAAUAUGCUGCAUUAUUUGGAGAAGGUCUGCAAGUGAAGGGUCUAAAAAAACUUUAAAGUCGCUUUUAAGAAUAACCUGUACUUUAAGUAUGAAAUACAGAGUUUUAAAGGGUCAGAUGCAUAGAAAAAUGUGACAAAACACAGGACGUGUGUGAUUGUAAUGUAACUCUGCAUAUUGUGAAAGCCUAAUAUAGUAAAAGUACACAAGGACAGGGUAUAAACAAGUACAAUGGGUCCAUACAUUGAACUCCUUCUGGACAUUUGAAAAAGACAGAACAAUAAAACAAGAGUCAUAAUAAAACUUAAAUAUGAUUGGUUUUGUAGAAGUAUGAUCAGUAUCUGCUCAAGUGGUGAUGUUACCAUCAUGUAAUAUAAUCAAGCUGACAAACACUCACUGUGACAAAGCCAUACUGUGAUUUAGUAGAAGUUUAUCAUUGAAAAAUAAUCUUCAGAUUUUUGCAAGUUGUUAUAAAGAGUUGCUCACGUGAGCCACAGUGGUUUUAAAACUUACAGAGGUGUUUAUAUGACAAUAAACUCACAAGAAAAUCUCAGAAACACAAAAGGGGUUCAGUAGUAAUUUAUUUUGUUAGUAAACUGCAUACACACGCUGACUGUACUGAAGUUUAUUUUGAAUUCUGUAGUGAAUAUCUCAUAAUUAACACUGCUCCAUAGAGGUGAACAGUAACUGUACUUCACUGUUAUUGUGUUUUUCUCAUCCCUCUGGUUUUAUCUGUAUUUACUAAUCCCUCUCACACACCCACACUCAGCUGGCUGUACAGCUGACAAAAACCAGGGGUCCAGUGUUCUGCCCUACUCCUCGUCAUGUUGUUGUAGGACCUGGAAUCAAAUGCCAACCUUCAUAUUAUGAGAUGAGUCACUUUAACAGUAAACCACAGCUGCCUGUAAAUAAUAUGGUGGUACAAUAAGUGACUUAAUCUCCACAUAAAGUGAUGAAGAAGACAUGUAAACUUAUAGUCCUUGAGCCAAGAACCAAAAUUUCACAUAUCGGUACCACCUGGGUGGGCAAAUUCUAGUUGUGAUUUUUUUAUUGCUAUACAUCCCUACAAUAAGUUUUUAUAUGAUAGACCUUGGUAACUGGUAGCUUUAUUGUAGUUAUCACUCAUUGAAGUAAUAGAGUGCAGCUGCUCAAAAACGAAAAAUCGCCUUCCUUCAAAAUGAGCUUUCUUUCAUUUUAACCUCUCAUUUAGGUGUGUUUGAACUAUUGGCUAGCCAUAGAGACUUGUAAUAACCCCCUAAGUAGUAUUUCAAGUAAUUUAUCUAAUACAGGUGUGUAUAUAUAAGCUUCAAUUAGCCAAUUGUCAGGUCUAAAUCAAGGUCUAAAUUAAGGAUAUUUUUUUACUUAGAAGUAGAAGUAAAAAAAAUGCAGACUAAUUAUAAUUAUAAUAACACAACUUUAAUAUGACACUGACAUAUUUUCAAUGCAGGCACUCAAUAUACAAUCAUCCUGGCUGGUGCAGGGCAAGAAGACAUUAGCAACAAAAUACGAUCUACUGAUGUAUACACUCUAUACAAUCAUCUGAGAAAAACUCCAAUUCCUAUUCAAAGUCCUAUUCUUUCCAUAAGGAACAGUGACAGCAAAUAUGACUGUCAAGUUUUGGCUUAGUACGUAAUACUUUCACUGAGUCACAGUGGGUCUGUUAACAUAGCUCCCUUUGGUCAUCACUUAUUAAUCAACAUCAGUAAUCGACAUCAGUAUCUGUAUCUUCUUCUACAUCUGAGUCUGCCGGUGUGCAAGGGGCUCUUCCUCACUGUAUUGGUUGGCACAAGUUUGUAAUUUGCACAGGUUUGUGCACUUCAGCCCAUUGCUGAGACAGGUGCAGUCUGGUGGUUUGCAUGUCCUCACACACUUGCAGGAUAGCAAGGUCUAUCUAGUUACCAAGGUCUAUCAUAUAAAAACUUAUUGUAGGGAUGUAUAGCAAUAAAAAAAUCACAACUAGAAUUUGCCCACCCAGGUGGUACCGAUAUGUGAAAUUUUGGUUCUUGGCUCAAGUGCUAUGAUACCUGAAAGAACUGCUCCACCAUCAAAUUGGGCCACUCCCACUUCAUCAACUCAUUUAAUUAGACACAGGUUUGAUUCAUUUAUAGAAAAGAGCAGUGUGACCCAAAAAGAGUGUGACUUUUAAUGUGCUUUUGACUUUCUGUGUUGCUUUUGGAGUUAACAAAAAUUUGCCUAUUGAGGAAAAUAACAAAAUGAGAAAAAAUAUAAAAAGCUACCCCUAUGAAAAGUCUAUCAUAUUUUAAUUUACUUAUAUUGACCCUAAAAACAAUUUAGUAUAUGUAAGGUUUUGCCCACCCAAGUGGUACCGACAUCUGGUCUGGCUCAUGGACUAUUACUCUGAAGUGUCACAAGUAUACUAAAUCCAGCACAAAGUCAAUAGUGAGGAUGAUUUGUAUCAUAUAUUUAGCAUGAUGAAGUAAUUGUUUACGACAACGCAUUAUGAUUGUGCCAUUAUAGAAGAUGUAAAGAGUAAAAGAGUACAAUAAUAACAGUCAAUACUAAGCACAUGAUUCUGUAUCAUGUCUGUAUAUGAACCACAGGGUUUGAGGUGAAGAGACUUCAGCUUGGUUUGUAAUAUGUGGCUACCAUUAGCAGAGCUGGCACCACCAGCCUUUGGUCCUACAUGAAGGUUAACAUCUGCAUGCCUGUUCUUGUUACACGUUACUGCAGCUGAAGGAUGAUAUGCCAGUUUAACCAGUAUCCUAACUGUGGCUCACUGCAGUGUUGAUUUGAGGCUACAGUGAUAUAAUGAUGUAUUAGUGUUGGGUGGUAUGAACAAAAUCUUAUAUCACGGUAAGAGCAAUUUCAUGUCAUGGUAACGGUAUAUAUCAUGGUAUGUUUUUUCUCCCUGUAAAUUUAAUUAACGGCUUAAAAAUAACCAUACUGUCUCAUUUGUUCAUUUUCUUUUUCUUUUUAAACUUGGAUUUGUAUACAAAUGCAAACAAAAUGCCAGACCAGUCUGGCGAUUUUUUAUCAUAUGGCGUAUCUUUGGCGAAAGACUCUGCCAAGCUCUUUUGUAUGAGAGGAGCUGCUGCAGCUUUAGUUUUUGGUGCAGCGGGUGCACCACAAAUCUGUUGGCUCCCAUAAUAGAGCAUGGCAUGUUUCAUCUCUAGGUGGUGGAAGAGGUUGCUGGUGUCUCUCUCAGCAACAACAGCCACAUGACACUCUUUGCAUAAUAUUAUUUUUUGGUCAUUGUCGGAUUUUCUAAAUCUGAAGAAUCUCUGCCUCCGUCUGCUUGGUACUGCCACUAAUCUCUGCGUCCCCAUGAUCACCACCAGUGAAGCUGUUUCUUCUUCGUCAAAACUGGACACACUGGUGAUUAUAGGGAGCUCACCAAAACCUGACCAUUCAAAUGGAGUGAACAAACUCUGAACAACAGGCUGGUGAAUAUAUGGAAACGCACCCAAACAGUUGCACUCCGGCUUUCCUGUUAGCAAGCGCAGACAACUACACACUGACUCAGAGAGAUGCAGCAGACAUCUGCUCUCUCUCUCUGGUAAAAACUUUAUAGCAAAAUUUCUAGCGGUAGACACUUUAAUACCGUCACACAGUGUAUACUGUUAUACUGCCCAACAGUGUGAUGUGCCAUAAAUUCUUAUGAACUGAAGAGUAAAAAUGCUUCUUACUGUGGAGUUAUCGUCAAGCGGGGAUUAAAAAAAAUCACUUUAAUCGGUUUAAGUCUCAAGUUAUUGGUCUAUAAAUGUGUCUUCAGUCUGAAGUGUUUUCUUAAGCUGUGCGUGUGUGUGGUUGUGUGAUGUGUGCGUGUGUUGCUGACCUCUCAACCUCCCAUGAGGUGUCUCAGGGAUCAUGUUGGAGUUAUUUUUGUGCUCAGAGCUCAGUUUACCAACAGACCUCUCUGUAUCUUAUGUCUCAGACUGACUUGUUCCUUGAUUUAUGAAGUCAUUUAGGACCAUUAAUGUGCUCAUCAUCCAGUGAUGUGUUACUUCAUUGUGAAUUGUGUCUUGUUCUUGCAAACACAGAUAACCACCAUCAGAGAGUUUCACUGGUAAAUGCUUUAUCAGUCUUUAAACAAUACAUGCUGUGAAUCCCUCAUUUCUGGCAGAGCUGACAGACAGCAUGUCUUUAGUAGUGAUUGAUGCAGCUGAAUUUAUUACUAGUUUCUGCAGAACUUCAUCCUUGGGGCAUGAUUGGCUGGUCACUGCCUUCUUCUACUCUUAUGUACAAUCAGCAUUUGCACCCCUCUUUGGCUGUUACAAUGGUGUAUUUACAGCUUUCAAUUAAUGCAGACUUUCUUUAAUUCUAUUGAGUUAAAUUAGAUCAGGAUAAUUCAUAUUAUUGCUCCAUUGCCCAGCCUCAAUAUCAGUACAUCACACAAAGAUACAGCUCCCGGGCCGUGAUAAAAGAACUGGAGGAGACAGUGAUUAACAUAGGUUUAUUAUAUCAUUAAGUUAUGAAAACUGGGCAACAAUAGAUGCAUGAGCAGGUUCAUGAACAUGGUGUAGUUAGAGGUAAUGAGGGGUGCUCAAACAUGAGAAACACAAACAAAGGUGCAGACACUGUAGUGACAGAUGAAGAAGCUGCAGGAGGCUUGCUGCUGCAUCCUCCAUGGAGAAAUACGUCCAAAAGCACUCCUGGCACCCCAAAAAGAGUUAAUGCAUCUAACCCAGACUCUGAACAGAAGCUCAGUCACACAUAAUAUGUAAUGCAAUAAUAUUUCCAGCUACUGUAAAUCCAACCUGUUGCAGCAUGUUUACUGCACUUCUGACAGGCAGUAAACUGAGACAUUGAUCAGUUAUCGUAUCAGCCCCCAGCAGAUAUACUUCACAGCUCCAUGUUAGUGAUCUAACAGGCUGAUAUAUGGUGUCUUUAACAGACUGAGAUACCAGCCUGCAGCUACAGAAAGUCUCUGAGUGAUUUCACAACAGCAGCAGCUCAAAGUUUGGCUUAGAGUGUGAGAGAUGACGGCUCUGUUCUCCCACCAAAGGCAGUAAAGAGAGACAAACAGCUGAGGCUCAACAUCUUCCUCUUCUUACAGGUGUGAAUAUCUUUAAAGGAUAAGUGAAAGGUGGUUUUGGUUAUCUCCUGUAACUAAGAGGAGUUCAAAUGUUGUGUGAUUCCCAAGCUCACAACCUGUUGCUCUUAUACUAAGAAUCAUGAUCUAAGCUCUUCUUUCAUACUUUUGGAGUGAAAGGCAAGUUUGAGAAUUUACUGACAGAAUGCUUUAUCCCAUGCCAUAAACGAGGCUGUAGUGACAUCUUUUCAGGCAAACAUGAACUUAAAAAUGUGGCUAAAACUUUGUCAGAUUGUCUGACAGCAUUACAGAAAUGAUCCCAACAGAUAAAGACCUUUGCGUACAAGGUUUCAAGGUUUUACCCUGGAAACAGCUCUCAUUUGACUCAUUAAAAAGAUGCCAGAGUCUGUGAACCAUAGACUGAAUAUAGAAUGGACGACAUCUGCCUCCUCACUGGGUGAAGCCACUGCGAGAACAGCACACUCUGGUGAUGGGCUGCAGUAAAGGUCAUAAAUCCCGCCACCUCCAGCAAACCAUAUGGAGCUGUGGACCAUCUUUAGAAAUGUAUUACAUAUGCUUGCAAUGUUGACAUGUAGUUAAUGUAAGACUGGUUUGUGCUCAAGUCGGCUCUUUUUUAUGUUCAGCUCCAUUUUUAAAAGUUACUAGGGGGUUCAUGUUUUCUAUGAUUGACACUUGAUACAGCCUAUGAGCGUACAAAGAUUGCUUCGCUCACCCAGGGGAUCUGCUGUUUGAGCCGAGCAUCAUCACAGCAACUCUCCCGCCGAAUGCGCACAAUGCUAUGCGCAAGGUUGGUUUCGGGAAAUCGAGAAAAAACGCGGAAUUACUGAGAGCUUUUCGGCUUCAAAUCCAUAUACUGGCAGAAAGCGGAACCAAGUUGUCCAAAGUAUAUACAGUCUAUGGUAUGAACAGAAUCAGUCAUUUUAAUUUGCAGACUACUCUCCCUGCUCCUCUCCUCUCUUCUCCUCCUGCUUCUUGUUCUCCUCUCUCAUCCUUCUGCUGCUUUCCCUGCUCUCUCUUGUCUCCGCUCCCUGCUCUCCUCUCUCAUCCUCCUCCUCCUCCUCCUCCUGCUCUCCUUUCUCCUCCUCCUGCUCAUCUCCCCUCCUUCAUCCUCCUGCUCCUCUCCCUGCUCUACUCUGUCCUCCCUCAUGCUCCUCUCCCUGGACCCAUCUGUGAAAUCCUGCUUAAUUUACCUUUAAUGACACUGGAUUUUGUGCCCUCUCUACACUCUGAAAACCAAAAGUUAAGAAGAUGACGUCAAACUGUUGACUGGAUUCUCAGCGUGAGCGAGUGCUCUUACUUUCCAAUAAAAGAUAAUUCAUCCCAUCCUGGUAUCUGCUCUCCUGUCCCAGUUUGUGCAGCAUUAGAUCCAGACCUCCUCUCAAACCUCUCCAGCUCCACGCAGUGAUCUGAUGGACAGAUUGGACUAUCUGUGAUGUUGCACGCCAGCAGCAAACACAUGGAAUCAUGGGAACACAACCUCCUCAGAAGUUUAGACAAUUGUUUCCAAAGACGUUAAACCUCAGGUCAUUAAGUCGCCAUAUAAAGUCUGUGACCCAUAAUGCAUUUCUGCAGAAACUACAUUUAACCCUCACUGAUAAAGUCAAACACAAGAAACAGAAGACACGUCUUCUGGAGAUGUUGUAGCUGUGGUCGGAGUGGAAGCUGUAGGUUAUAGAAGAGUGUAAAUGAGGGAGUGUGUGUGGUUCUAUCUAUGAAGCUGUGGAUCAUUAAACAUUUAGGAAACCACACAGAGGGUCUGCUGUAGGGAGAGACUGAGCAUGGCGACUGCAGAGGGAGGUACAAGUUGGUCAUUUACAUCAACAUGUUCAUCAUCAUGGGUUUCCUGGGCCUUCAGACAGGAUUGGUACAGCCUCUCUAAAGUCAUGCAUACUUUGUCCCUUGGCUUUUCAGGCAGGCUUAGACACAUAUUCUAGGGCUGCACAAUGUAUCAUUUGAGCAUCGUCAUUCUGAUGUACAUGUGCGCAAUAGUCAUAUCGCAGAGCUUGCGAUGUAGGAGGGGAAUGAACUCAUCUCAGUUCAAGGGUAGCUGACUGAGAUACACUCCAUGUGACUCUGCAUGUGCUGUGCAGCGAUCCACCAAUCGCAUUCGUUCUCUACCCAGUUGCCAAUUAGACUACCCUGCCAGCCGUCAAUCAAAAUCAGAGAGAAGGACACCACACCCCUGCACAUGGAGUGAGUCGCUGGUGUUGCCGGAGUUGUGCCGAGAAACGCUUGUCCGCUGAGAAUUACUUUCAGAACAUUACUCAACACUGUUUAGCCCAACAAAUAAGAACUGUUUGGGUUUUAAAUUGUACAUUUCCAUGGACCACUCUACUAAAAGCGGUGCAUGUUUUGCGAGGUGCAUGCAAACACAGCCGUGCGUUUUUGGCACAACACCGGUAACAACAACAACGAUCGCAAAAUGUGCAACCAACAAGAGAAAAGCACUGAAAAUUAAGACUUAUUGCCAAUGAAAGGGAAAGUCAGUUAUCUGGAAUUAUUUCGGUUACAAGAGGGUGAUGUCGACCAAAACACGUGGUCUGUGUUCAUCUGUUGUUACAAUAACGUCCCAGCACAAUAAAAGCUAAAAAGAUCUCAGAGACAGACGGAAGCCAUUCUACAAACAUUCACAAAAAGAGGUAAGAUCAGUGCAGGUUAACUGUCCACAAGACUUCAGCGGUGCAGCAUAACAUAAGUGCUAUUCAAGCCACCUGGUAAUCUUCUAUUUUUUACUAUCACAAUAUAUUUGCAGGGUUGAAAAAAAAUUGCAAUGUUAGUUUUUUCCAAUACCGUGCAGCCUUAACAUAUGCACACACCUGCCUCCUCCUGCUCUCCUCUCUCCUCCUGUGACAACAUACUGAAAGUACAUGAGUAAAUCAGCAGCUUCUUAAGCUUCUUUUUCACCUUCACUGCAUAUGGAUCUAUGCUUGUAAUGAUGAAGUGAAAGUAAGAGCUGUUCAGGGAUCAUUAGAAGAAGUUGUCAGUGUGAGGUUUGUGAUGUGCAGAGCUGUAAACUAAUCUUAGUGUUCCUACAGCUUCAGGCCCUGUUUGCUCGAUGAUGAAUGACUCUGCCAUACAGAGAGACCAGAGACACACCAGCUCUUCUCUGCUGCCUCCUCCCACUGCUGACAGAGUUAUGAUUCCCUGCAUACAUGUGUGUACAAAGAUCUCCAUGUCUUUAGGGCUUAUAUUUUGAAUCAGGCAGCGCAGUCUCUAUUUACAUGCUCCACGGAGGAGAUUUUGGAAAAGGUUCAAAGUCUUACUAUGUUAAAACAAUAAAAAAAUGAACCAGUAAAGUUUAAAUCUCGAAGAUUUAGAGUUCUCCAAAGGAGACUGACCACAUCCGUGAGUUUAAAAAGGAGAGAAAAGGUUUAAAACCGUUCAACAUUCAGGUCAGAUUCUUCCCCAGCAGCCCCUAUAAAUCAUAAAACUGGGCUAAACGAAUCCAGGCUCAGGUCUUCAGGUGUGUUUGAUAGCGUUCACCUUGGCAGCAGUGCCGUCUGUCAGUUCAAAGCUCAACAUGUUAAAUCAAGCGCUCCUCACAUUCCUCAGAUACCAGCAGCUCUUUUGAACCAUCUGCUGCUCCGCUCAGGUUCAGACCUCCUAACCCUCACCUGCUUUCAGGAUGGAUUCUGCUGUUUGGAUGCUCGGCCGCUGCACGUGUGAGGUUAAAACAGUGAGGGAACAAACCCCCAUGAAAUAACUCAACAAAGAGAGAAGAAAGUGGAGUUCUUUGAAGGUUAUUUUGGUGUAUUAGAGCAGAAACUGUGUGCAUGACUAUUGUUCGCAGAAUGACUAUAAGCACUGAAGCUUUUCUACUAACUUUCUUUAAAAUAGUGGAAAAAAUAAACAAGUUAACUUUACUCAGCGUAGUGAUUCUGCAAUAUUUCUCUUUUGAAAUUUAGCUUGAUUGGAAUUUUUGUCUGCAAUUUUAACAUGUGCAUGCACAUGACAAAAUAAGCAAAGAGGGCACUGAAAAUGGCAUAAACUCCUCCAUGCUCUUGUGUUUUAGGGCAUGUAAAAACCAGAGGUCAACUGAGCUCUGUUUUUCCAAAAGCUGAUGCCAAUAAUGUAACAACAGGUUGGCAGAUUGGGAAUAAAUAAUGGUGACAUCACAUUUUGCAUGUGAUUAAAUAAAACUUUAAAAAGAUGAACAAGCAAGAAAAGAAAUUCCUUGAACUUGAGUGAAUAUUUCCUAAAUAUUUGGCUUAAUAAGCUAUCACCACAGACAGGUAUAUAUAAAUGACAUAUGGCACGCAGAUUCUCACACUAGAGCAGGAAAGUUCAAAAACUUUAAUGGACUAAACAAACAGAACAAAUGAAAGCACUCAAAGGCUAAGAGCUCAAACCACUUGAGGAAAAUCAAUAGUCAAAGUUGAUGUCCGCAGUCCUUUGACUUCUGCUGUCAGCUCCCAGACUAUUCUCCCUGCUGAUUGUUGAUCUGCCACAGCUGCUUAGGUGUGCUACUUCUAUGCCCACUUUGGAGAAUGGGAACACAAAAACCCAACAGGCAAACCAAAAACCAAUGAACGCUGGGUACUUUUAACAUAUACCUGCAUUUAUAGAGGCGGGCCUUACCAUAAAUCCACAAUGGGGUCAAACACUGAUCCGCAGCCAAUGAAAAGUAGCCACUUCAACCAACUGAUGGCCCAGCUGAUUUCCUCCUAGCUCCUAUUGGUCCUAUGCUUUUAAAGCGCCCUUUUUAUAACUGCCCUUACCCAGCCUCUUCCUCUGCUUCGACAGCCAACCAGCAACCCACCUCCACCCCAGCUCAACCCUUGUGCCGGCUAAAACUGCUCCACUAUCCUUGAAGUGCUCCUAUGCCAGGAGGGUUCUGUUCAUCGCUGCUUUUCCCUCUGUUGUUUCUGCCUUCACAAUGCCACAAGAAGGGCGGGAAGGUGCUCUUCCUGCCGCUGGCCUUUCAUACAUGCUUGCGUGGAGAACAGAACGUGUGCGCUCUCUUCUAUCACCUUUUCGUGAUGGCACGUGAAUAGCAGGAAGGGCCUCUUCCUGCUUCUGGCUUCCACGCAAUCACGUGGAAGGGCGGGGACCCAGAACAGCACUAUGCCGCCAAAUUUAACUUGGCACAAUAAAGCUGAAUUUUGACACAGUGAUCCUGACUGAACUGUCAUUUAUCGGCCUGAUAAAUAGGCUCACCCUCUAAUUAGUCUUUUUCAAUUUCAACCACACUUCAUCUUUAAACGGAUCAUCCCUGAGUAUUUGUAUAUGCAGAAAUAUAUUUUUCAAUACUCAUGUGAUCUCUGCUCCAGCAGCCUGGACGUUCUGAUGAAUUAACAUUCAUGCUAAACUGAAAAAUUAAUCUGUUCAUGUCGACAACACGUGUCUUGUGUGAAGUCUCAGGGUACAGUCUGCUUUGAAAAGUUAAGAAAGUUCAGGUUAUGCUGCACCAAACCAUACCACACCGAACCAAACUGGACCGCUUGGUGGAAACACACCAUCAAAGUUAUAAUCCAUGGAUUAUGACCAAAUCCAGGAGCUCUGCCCCCCAAUUGUUUCAUCGUCACUUGAUAGUACAUGUCUUUCAGAGUCAAAGCUUCCCUGUUUGAUGGGUUUAAGGGGAAAAGUCUCAGGGGGGUCUCCAGAGUCAAUGCUACAUGUAAACAGAUGGGUGUGCACUUUGCAGACAUCCUUUCUGUGUCCACCUCUACAAUAAUUUCCCUAGUUCACCCUCAGAUGUUUAUGUUCAUCCUGUGAAACAGUUUCACACCAAUCCCUUUUAUAUGAAUGUCAGCUCUCCCGCCCACUUGCUCAUGAGUUUUCCCAAAUAUUUCCUGUUGCGUUCUCAGAUAAAACCCCCGUCUUUGUCAAACUUUACUAGAGGAGCCUGCGAAUAAAAGUCAGGGUGAGCAUUUGGCUGGUUGCGCCCUUCAUCAUGAACAUUUGGGUAUUUUCUGGAGUUUGGCGCACGUGUGAACACAUCUUCUAAAUAUUCUGGUGCUCAAGGUUUGGUUCCUGAAGACAGCUCAACAAUGGUUGCCACAGUUUCAGCUGGCCAAAACCACCUCAGUCAUGCCAGAUGGUCCAAAACUUUGACAGAAAACUUAAAAGCCGCACUCCUCAAACCCUCCUCAGAUUGCUGCUGCCACAUGUUGGUUUUGAAAAGCUAAUAAUGUGCAGAAAUAUCUGCUAAAUAUUGACUCUUUGUUUUUGUUAUAGUUUCCUGUUGAUAACCAGCUGGGAGUCUUUAAGGUCUAACAGUGUGUCAUCGCAGGCAUCUGGAACUGAGCUUUGUGUGUGUGUGUGUGUGUGCUCUGUGUGUGUAUUGUUUAUUGUGUUGCAUAAUCAGACAGCAGAGCAGCAGCUACAGAAAAGCAGCAGACGCAUUCAGUGCAGAAAAACAGGCCUGUGUGGAAACUUAGCAGAAUCUGGGGCUGGUGUUUGCGUGUCGCUACAGCUGAGGAGAUAAUACCAACCAGGAAUUCCUGUUUGAGAUGACCCAUUUUUACUGGUUUCCUCUGGAUCUGGGUUAAAUCCAGCAUUUUAUGCUCUCUGUUUGACUCAGUGUGUCCAAACCAUUUCAGUGCCUGAAACUGAGUCGCUGUCUUUGUAUUUCCAUGGAUGGCUGUCUCUGGGAUGUACUAAAUAAACUCAGCAAAACCUAAAAGUUAACCUAACAUGUUUAAGAGGAGAUAAUAGCUGACUUUUUGGUUGAAGCCUCAUUUUUGGUGUUUUGGCUGUUACUGUUUUCAAAUUUAGACAUGGCAAAGGAGCAAGUAAAAAGUGACAUACCUCUUUCUUCAUUCAGCCUGUGGAGCAAAUUGUUAGUCUAAUAAUCACUUCAUGUAAUACCCUCCCCUGUUUUAUGGCCUGUUUAACCCUAAAAGGGACCAAAAUUCACUAAGUGAGGGUCCUGCUGUCUUGAAGAAAACUUGUAACUAGUCUUUGGGACCAUAACCUUGUUUGGAAAAUGUUUGUUGAGACUAAUCAGCUCAUCUGUUGAUGAUAUACCCACUUGGAUCACUCCCUGAUUUUGUGGCUUCUGGUGUAGUCAGCAUUUAUUAUGAUAAGCACUGAAGGAUAUCCGAACUAAGACUUUCAUUUCCAUGCACAAGUCCUUGGCUAAACUCAGACUCCAACUCAGCAACCUUAGACACAAGUAUGGAGUUCAAUUUGAGAAACAACGUCACCAGCUAGAUUGUGCACUUAUAUGCAGACGACUUUAGAGUUAAGUUUUGCAGUUUAACCCCUAAUUUGUUGCAGAAAUCGUUGAAAGUCACCAAUGGCAGCACAACAGGUUAGCAGCAACACUUCUUAAAAGCUUUUGCACUUCACUGUGACGUAAUUGUGCAUUUACAUAAAACUGUGGUGAAAAUAUUAGUUAGAUAUCUUCACAAGGAGUUGCUCUGAUUGAAUCAACCCCCCCCCCCCCCCAAGAAGAGACCAGCAAUAUUGGUCCAGACCAAAGGAAGUCAUGGUGAGCAUCUAAAUCUGAGUUUAGGACAAACAAACCCUUUCAAUAACCCAUUGUGGAUCAUCUUUGACAAAACCAGCGAAAUUCAAGUGUAAACAAACAGAUGGUCAAGUUGCUCACCUUGAAAAUAAAUGAGGACCUGAAGAAUAAACAUUUCAGUAAAAAUGUCCGAAAUAAUCAAUUGAUCAAUGAAAUUCUCUACUUAGCACCAGAAUCACAAUUUAGUGAAACGAACUGCUAGUCAUCUAUUGUGUUUAGGUUGUAGCCUAGGUUGUUGCCACUUCUAACUAGCGAUAGCUGUACCUAGGUAAAAGUCAAAUUGUUGUUUAAUUGAUGACAAAAUUUUUCUAUUCAAAUUUUCUCUGUGCAUUUAGGAGGUGGUCUGAUUAUGCCUUUAUUGAUCUAAUCACUCAUUUGCAGACUUUUAACUUUCAUAUUAGCUACAUAAAAGUUGCCUCAUUUUCUCAUUGACUUCUUUACAGUCUGACGUCUUUUUGCCACAUAUGGAGUCGCUCUCUGCUGGCCAGUUAAGAACACAGUUUUAAAGCAGUUGUUGAAACAGAAGGUUUUGCCCUUUUCAUGUGUACACUUAAUUCUCGUACCUAUUGUUGACUUGCAGUUUUAAAGGUGUGGUCAUUUCAGGCUGAAACAUUUGCUUUUGUUUUUGACCAAAUGUGUUUGUUUCUCAGGAUUUAGGAAAAGGGCUGAGAACUGUCCUUCGUUUGUGGACUUAUAUGAAGAUAUCUCUAUAAAACUUGGCAUGAAUUUAAUUAAAAAGUUGGUUUGAGAGGAAGUUUAAAGGAUGUUAAAGAUAUAUCCUGGUCUAUUGUGUCGUCUGUUUUGUUCUCAGUGAACUCUGUCUUAUUCACCCCUCAACCAGAGAGAGAGGGAGAGAGGCAGAGAGAGACAUGUGGAUUCCUGUGUGUUGCAGUAAGAGAGAGAGAGGACUUGGAGGAAGGCAUGUGGAUUCCUGUGUGUUUUUGUGAGCAAGGGACAUGGACUCAGACGGGGAGAGAGAGAGCAAGAAAGAGUGAGCUCUGGGUUGCGUUGAAUGUCAGGAAUGUUGAGGCUUUUGGCUCCAGUUCAUUCUGACGGAGGGAGGAGGGACAGAGUGAGCGGAAAAGGAGGAUUGAGGGAGGAGAUAAGGAAGUUGACAGAGAUAAAGAAGAGAAGGACAAAGGAAAGGAAGCAAACUGGCAAAUUAAGAAAUAAAGUUUAUUCUACUAUCCAAGCUGUACCAAGCCACUCAUUUCACUUUAAACAUUUAGUUUUUGUGCCUAUUGUUGCUUCCAUUCUUUAAACUUUAAGGUUGCAGAGGAAAAGCAUGCCCCCUUCUCUAAUCUGAUCAGAUUUAUCCUCAUUACAAAACCAGUCCUCCAGUGGUGCAAGACAGGAUGCAUUCUGGGAGAUGAUGUCAUGCAGAGCAAUCAUGUUGCAGCCACAGACUGUAUAUACUAUGGACAACUUGGUUCCACCUACCGCCUGUAUACGGAUUUGAAGCCAAAAAGCUCUCGGUAUUUCCGGGAUUUUUCUUCAUUUUCUGAAACCAGCGCAAUAGCAAUGCACGCAUUCGGCAGUCGCAGAGAGUCACUGUGAUGACGCUCGGCUCAAACAGCGUAUACCCCAGGAGAGCUACGUAAUCCCUGAAUGCCUAUAGGCUGUAUCAGGUGUCAAUCAUAGAAAACAUGAACCCCCUAAUAACUUUUAAAAACGGAGCUUAUUUCGCUUUAUUCUAGUUGUAGAAGUCCUGCAAACAUUGUGUUUGCUGGUAGUCUGGUGGCAUCUACAGUAGCACCAAUGCUUUUUACUUUCACAUCGACUGGGCCCCAUUUGUAAUUAUCUGAAGUAUUUAUCUGCAUUAUAUCUGAAUUUAAUUGAAACAAUACAAGCGAGCAGGAAAAAAGUAAGCUGCCUUUUUUAGGGGUCCAGAUCAUUUAACUUUCAAGAGUCAAAUUUAGGAGUCGGGCCAUGUCACAAUUGUGCAUAUUAGCUAUCUAGUGUGUCACUCAGAGGCUAUGAAAUGGAUUGCUUUUUCAUCAAAUACUGUAAUCAAGAAGAUGGAUUGAAAAAAAACAAACCAGACAAAAUUUAACAUGGAGAGACUCUAGAAAAUGCAUGCAUCCUUCUAUCUGUCCUAGUUAUAAGGUAAAACGGAAUGUAAGCACUGUGUAUAAGGACCAUAAUACAAAACCCAAUUCCAUUGAAGUUGGGAAAUUGUGAUAAACGUAAAUAAAAACAGAAAACAAUGAUUUCCAAAUCCCUUUAACCUAUAUUCAAUUGAAUAAUAAUAAUAAUAAUAAUUAAUAAUUCAAUACACUACAAAGACAAGAUAUUUAAUGUUCAAACUCAUAAACUUUAUUUUUUUUUUUGCAAAUAGUAAUUAACUCAGAAUUUAAUGGCUGCAACACAUGUCAAAGUAGUUGGGACAGGGGCAUGUUUACCACUGUGUUACAUCACCUUUCCUUUUAACAACACUCAAUAAACAUUUGAGAACUGCGGAGACUGAUUGUUGAAGCUUUGAAGGUGGAAUUCUUUCCCAUUCUUGCUUGAUGUACAGCUUCAGUUGUUCAACAGUCCGAGGUCUCCGUUGUCGUAUUUCACGCUUCAUAAUGCGCCACACAUUUUCAAUGGGAGACAGGUCUGGACUGCAGGCAGGCCAGUCGAGUACCUGCACUCUUUUACUACGAAGCCACACUGUUGUAACAUGUACAGAAUGUGGCUUGACAUUAUCUUGUUGAAAUAAGCAGGGGCGUCCAUGAAAAGGACGUUGCUUGGAUGGCAGCAUAUGUUGUUUCAAAACCUGUAUGUACCUUUCAGCAUUAAUGUUGCCUUCACAGAUGUGUAAGUUACCCAUGCCUUGAGCACCAAUGCACCCCCAUACCAUCACAGAUGCUGGCUUCUGAAAUUUGCGUCGAUAACAGUCCAGAUGGUUCUUUUCUUCUUCGGCCUGGAGGACACGAGUCGUGUCACACGACCUCCACUAUUUCCAAAAACAAUUUGAAAUGUGGACUCGUCAGCCCACAGUACACUUUUCCACUUUGCAUCAGUCCAUCAGUUGCAUCAGUUUAUGAGUUUGAACAUUAAAUAUCUUCUUUGUAGUGUAUUAAAUUGCAUAUAGGUUGAAAGGGAUUGGCAAAUCCUUGUAUUCUGUUUUAUUUACGUUUAUCACAAUUUCCCAACUUCAAUUGAAUUGGGUUUUGUAGCUGCACUACAAAUUUUAUAUUUUGGGAUGACAAACUUAAGGCCACAAAAUGUUGAAUGUUUUUCUUUUUGUUGUAAAAGUUUACCAACCUUGUCUGGUUAUCUUUGUUGGCUGUUUAUGUUACAGAUGGAUGAUAAAAUUCAUUAGAAAAUGUGCUUUUUUGGCCUUGAGUUUUGAUAAAAAGGUUUUCAGUUUUUACUGCAAAACCAAAUUUGUUCCGAAUAUUGGUUACUGGCCUCAUGAGUCAGUGUAGCCAGGAUUAUUACGAAUUUAAAUCACCACUGAUUAAAUUUUGAAUAAAGGCUGUAAGUGAUAAAGGUGCAACCAAGCAGCCUUUUUUCUUUUUUAUGAUCAGUUUGCUCUUUAGUAAACUGUGUGAUAGUAUAAGGACACUAAAUGUGGAAACUUGCAGAAUAACGUCAGUUUAGUGUCUAGUAUCUAGUGUCUCUCGUGGAUUUCUGGUGUAAAACACCUAGAUAGUCCAAAUUUAUGUUUGAAAAUAUUCCCAAACCACAGGCUUUGAGUCUCUAGCAAAUCUCCUGCAGCUUUUGGCAGUUUUAUUAUUCAGAACAGAGGACGUGCUGCAGUAAUGUAAAAACUAGGGUCAGUAUAAUUUCCAGUCGAGCUGAAAAGAAAAGAAAGUAAAAAUACUCAGUAACUCUGACAGGAAACAGUUUGUAAUGAGGUGAGAUUUGUCUGUUGCAUAAACAGUUAGUGGGUGUUUGUCUUGUGGAUGUACCGCUCUUAGGUUGAGAGAAAUGAAAGUCUGACUGUUUUAAAAGACCUUAGCUGUCUUUUCUUCCCCCCUCUCUCCUUCAGCCUCUCUUGAUCACUUUUACUGUUUCUGUUUUCUCCCCCUCUCUGGUCAUGUGAUUUUUCUGUAGAGAUGAGCAACAGUGCAGGAAUCUGAGCUGCAGCCAACACAUUACAUAAAACCCUCUCUCCCUCCUGAUGGUUGCCAGAAAAUAAAAAGUAAACCAUUCGGUUCUCAGCUGAAGUGAAUGAACUCACUUCCUGAAGGCAGAGCAGAGGUUCAGGCCAGAAACAGACAGAAAACAGACAGGUUGUUUGGGAAACUGACUGUUUUAUUAAAGAAUUGAAAGAGUUUUUACUUUUUUUGUGGUCAGGUUGUUCCCAGCUGUGAGGAUCUCUGCAGAACAGUCUGUGUCUGAAACAAGAGCAGCUCUGAGUGAACCUGACUGUAACCAUUAAGCUAACCUCGCUAGCUGCAUCUUUAACCUGAAAAUGCAACAGUAUGUCCUGAUAUAAUACUCUGUAAUAACUAGGCCUACUUCAGUAAAAAGAAAUAAUGCUAUUUUAUAACUAACUCUUAUUCUCUUCAUUUAAAUGUUACUUUAUUGUUUGUGUCCUGACAAGGUGUUUAGGAUUAGGUAGAGCUUCAUUCUAGGUUACAAAUGUAGCCUGACUCCUCUGGUGUCCCUUCUCUCCCUUCAAUCCUCUCCUAUCCCAGCUGUAUGAGGAACUUUGGGCAUGGCAGGCCUCAAAAAGGUUCAGGUUUGAGCAUGCUCAAAGCUGUUUGCAGUUUUAAUCUGAUUUUUAUCUUCCUGAGAGUGUGUGCUGUUCUACGUCCGGGACUCUCUGGUGUGCCCUCUAGAGGUAUCUUCCGGAAGCACAUGCAGUUCACGACCAACCUCUAUGAUAAAGCUGUGUGUGCACUAACAAGAGCAAGUUUAUCUCUGGCCUAAGCUGAAAGGUGACGGUGACCUCAUGUCACUGCAGUGAAUCACAGGUGUGCACCAGGAGCUUUGAUAUCACUGUUAAAUUUCAGUGAAUGUUUAACCAGAGAGGGAAGCCAAACCCUGUUAUUAAGCUGUGUAGGACUCUAAUUUCUCUUCCGUCUAUUGUUGUCCUCUCAGACUUUCCUCGCUCUCAUUCCUCAGCUAUCAAGUCUCAACCCUACCCCUCCCCCUCCUGUUUUUGUAUUUCAUCUGUCCUUUCUCUCCCUUUCCUCCCUCUUCAUCCUAAGUCUGCCUCACCCUGCUGUCUCUCUUCAGACUGCGUUCAGGUCAUCUCCUCUUCCCUUUGCAUUUCUCUCUCUCUCUCUCUCUCUCUCUCUCUCUCUUUUCCUCCUCAUCCAGCUGUAUCCUCCUCAGAGUUGAUUGUUGGUUGUUUGGAAACAGAAGUGAGCAUCUAAAAUACCUCUCUAGUGUGUGUCUUUGUGAGUGUGUGUGUUAGUGUUGCGUAACCUCUUCCAGCAGGCUGAUGUUUGUUUCCAGUAUUUAUAAACUGCUGUGCUUUACCAGCGCUGACAUUGUGAAAUCGCACACUCACAGUAAAAGCAGUUCAAAGAAUGAUUCGCACUCAUCUGCCCUGAUGUUAGUGUGUAAAACUGAGACUGUUCACCUUCUGCAGUAAAGAAAUGAAACCUGGAUUUGUGUGGAGAUGGCUUCAGUGAUGCUGAGAAAUACUGUGUUAAGUGUGUUUACAUGGACUUGGGUGUACUGGUAAGGAGCUUUAUCCUGGUUAGAAGCCUGGUUAAUUGUAACCAUGUGUUCAUGUUAAAUAUAAAUAUCCCUUUAUAACUUCAUACAGCUUUAUAAAUGCCAUUCCCAUUCAAGUCUUUGUUUUUUCUUUCAAAAAUUGAGUCAUGAACUUGUUAUUGUGAUACUCUCAGUAUUGUGAAUUUGGCUCAGGCAGACUUGUGCAGGAGUCUGCAGCUGGCAGAAAUUGAGAUAAGUCAUAUAAGAUAAGAAGAACUUUAUUAAUCCUCAAAGGCAGGGUUUUUCCUGGCUCAAAUUGAGGCAGAGGUGGCACCAUCCUGACCAUGCGCCAUGACGUGCAUAUAUUUGUAAAUUCAACUGUCUCACUUUCUUUUACAGGCAACAUACUUUAAGUUAAGAGUUCAAAAAAGAGUGUGACCAUUAUCAUGUUAAAGCAUUCAUUUAUUAAAACUAUAUACAUACACAAAUCAGCUGGCAACUUUAAAUUGAAAGUACACUUCAUCCACACAUCUCGCAACCAGACAGAACAUUUCAGCCUCCUCUUUUUCAUUCUGUAGAACCUCCUCAUGCACUCCUUGUAGUCCAAGGCCUCCUGGUCUGGUCCAUCAACAGCCACCUUACAACAGACAUCCAAGUGCCUCUCCUUCAGUCUGUUCCACAGAGGUGUCUUCACCUUAAACAAAACAAUUCAUCAUGCAUUAAGUAUUUUUGUUUUAUUCUGAUACAGACAUGAAGAGUGAUAGUGUUUUCAAUCAUAUAUUAUAUAUAUGUAUACGCUGCAGUGUCCUCCCUAAAAAAAAAAAACGACAACUAAUUAUUUCUUAAACUAUCUAAACUAUGUUCUUUUAGUUUUAUUUAUUUUUUAUUAAUUAUUAGUUAUUAUUUAUUAGUUGAGUUUUUUUAGGUACUACCAUCUUUAAUAUAUUUCUCCUUCUCUUCUGCUGCUUUGUGAACGGCUAUCACCUCAUGUCUUUUUAAUGUGUCCAGCCUGUAGUUGGUUGAUGGCUGUCUCACUAAGGAGGCAGCAAUUGCCUGCUGUGUUACAGUGCUUUUGGCAUAAAUAGCAGUGCAUGCCUUCCUCAGUAUGCCUGAGCCAGGUAAAUUGAUUGAGCCAUUGCUUGUCAAAGCCACUGGCUCUGUGUUUUUGAGAAAAUCUGGAAAGAGGAAUAAAAACCACGUACACGUUGGCUUUGCGUUGUUAUGCUCCUAAUUGGAAACUAAUUAAUUAAUUACCCUCGCCUCGCCGACUCGUCCUGUCCUGCAUUCUGACCCUCGCGAUCACCAGUCCCUUGUGAAGUACUUUCAGACCUGACACAAAUUUCCACGUUGUCACCACUAUGAAUUAUAGCAUUUUAACUGCCUAUUACGUUUUUCUCUGCUGUGUUUCACCUGGACUCUUGACUUUCCUCCUUGCGAGGUCGCUUUUUAAAGUACUGGCUGAUUUUGCCUGUCAUAUCUGCAACGCUAAAAAACGGAGGAAACUUUUUUUUUAAAUAAACACGUCAUGCUUGGAUGCAAAAAAGACAAGCAGUAUUUACCUGUUUGUACCAUCCGCCAGGGAAAAUCAGGACGCCGACAGCACCAACUAGCGGGAAAAAAACUUGAAAAAACAUGAUUCGAUCCGUUUCUUCUUCGGUAGAGGCUUCAGGUCUUUCCGGUGCACUGCUGUUGAUAUAGCGCCUCUAUAGUGGCGCAACGCUGCAACUGCAGUUAAAAUACGUUGCUGCAGCAGAGGGACAUCAUACACUCAAUCAACACAGCUGGAGCUUUACGCUGUGUUGAGCGAAAUCAAUCGCUCUGGCCGGGGGCGGCACAAAAUUAGGUGGAGGCGGCCGCCACGCAAUUUUGAACGCAGGAAAAACCCUGCUCAAAGGGAAAUUCAAUUGUCUGUUGUCUCACAUAAUAUGUCUCUAAAAGUUAUCUAUUAUUUACACAAGAAUUAUAAAGCCUGAUGGCUGUUGGUACAAAAGAUCUUCUGAAUCUUUCUGUCCUGCAGCGAAGAGAGAGGAGCCGUCCACCACCAUUGACCCUUUGGUCCAUUAAGGUGUUGUAAAGUGGGUGAUCCAUGUUCUUUAGAAUAUUCUUCACCUUCCUCAGUGUAGAUCUCUCCACUACAUCCUCCAUAUAUAGAUACAUAUAGAUGCCACAGUAUCUUGUUUUCUUUCAGAGCUGUCUGAGGCGCAAAACAGGGUUGUGUUUCCAUACACAAGUACAGAAAUAGGCUAUUUUUUCAGUUUUCUGACUUCUUCCUUCUCUCUUUCAGAGAUGUAGCGUGUUUGUUGGUGAGAUUGUGGGACCAUCAUGCACCUCUUCCUGCUGCUGAUCCUUCAAGCCACAGCAGCCUUUGGACAGAUUGACCCUGGUAUGUCACUAAAAUCAUCAGACACUCAUAUACACUCCAUUUUUGUACUACAGAAUCUGCGCCCACCUAAAUUGACACAAAACAUUCCCAUAACUUGGUCACACUGAUCACCGUAAAUCAUUUGGAGCAGAGUUGCAUAAAUGUCCAUGUUUAUGGUAAAUCAAUGGUCCCUAUAACGUCAGAAUAACUAGGUCAUACAAACACAAUUAGCACGUGUUUGUACUUGUGUUUCUGUGAUGACCCACUAUGACAUAACAAAUUAUAUAAAUCAAUUAAAAAUUCAAUGACUCAAGACAAUGAGGGCUUACACAAGGUCCUCACUUUUUCACUGCCCAUUAAUGGUCCCUACCAAAUCUGAAAUACAAGAUCACACACACACACACACACACACACACACACACACACACACACACACACACACACACACACACACACACACACACACACACACACACACAUUCAUGCGUAUAAACGACGCAGUAAAAAAGAUUUUUUUUGUGGUUGAUGAGAUAAUCCAACAUGUGUUUGUGUCCUCACAGCACACUGCCGCUAUGCCUUGGGCAUGGAAGAUGGCCGCAUCAAAAAUGAUGACAUCACAGCAUCCAGCCAAUGGUACGAGACCACAGGACCACAGUAUGCCAGGUCAGUGUGGCUCAAAGAGUUUCCUUUAUUAAGCACCAACCAUAGCUGACUUGGCUAUGUAUUGUCUCUUAACUCUUUAUAUUUAUUUAUACCCAAAGAACUAAACUUUAUCAAAAGUGGAAAACUAUUGUAUACGUUGUUUAAGCACAAAGUGUUGAAUUAUUUAGGCCGGUUUGAUGUUAAAAUGUGACGCGGAUGAAUAUUCUAAAAUCAUCUUGGUUAAAAAAAUAUUUUUGAAGCCAAAUUCAAUCAAACAAAGCAGAACUUCGAAGUUCAGCAUAAUUUUAAAAGUAGUCAACUACAUUGACUGUAAUGUUAGACUGAAUGCCGGUGGAGCUCUGACUUCUGUAAUGAACUGUUUAUUCCCUGCAAUGUCUAUGAAAGGAACAGGAAAUUGAGUGUAGUCAGUAGCUAAAAAGGCUCAGCUUAUAAAUGUAUAAACUGUCCCAGGAUCUGCAGACACUCCUUAUGUUUAAUGUGCAUUUAUUAACCCUGUGUUUGCAGGUUGAACCGUGAGGAGGGAGAUGGUGCCUGGUGUCCUGAGGGACAGCUGGAGCCGUCAGACAGUCAAUAUCUGCAGGUUUGGGUCUUGUCUUCAAGCAUACUCAUGCACCAGUAUGUAUUUAUGCACCAGUGUGAAUUUUUGGUAUCUACAGGACCAGAAUACAAGUUGCUGAGAAGGAAGAUGUCCUCAAAGUUUUUUUGCUUAUUGGGGCCUUCAUGCUUGUCAUAUUUCUGCAAAUUGUUGAUACUGUUUAGAAGAUUUUAUGCACCACAUGCAUUUCUAAGCUCUUAAGAGACACACUGGUACUGUUCUUCAAAACUGAUAACACAUCAUUCCUCAUUUCACAGAAAUCUAAGAGCAGUCAAAUGAAUCCAACACACACCCUGAGGGUCCUUGCUGUUUUAAAUGAUCUAAUAGAGACCUGCUUAUGUGUUAAAGGUGGACCUGGGCAGGCUGACUUUCCUGACUGUGGUCGGGACUCAGGGACGAUACGCCAGGAACUCUGGGAAUGAGUUUGCUCGAGCUUACCGCCUCAACUAUAGCAGAGACGGCCUGCUGUGGAAGUCCUGGAAGAACCGGCUGGGAAACACGGUGAGCGUAGACAGAGACAGAGUCCAGUGGGUGGGGUGGGAGUGGAGGGGGGGCUGCUGGACCUGAAUGAAAACAUGAAACAGGAAGUUAGAAAAAAGAGCAGAAAAUCUGGAGCGGAAACAUGUGAUAGAGUGAUAGAGCACAGCGAUAGAGGGAAGAAUGGGAGCUGCUUCUGGUCAUUCAUAGUCACAUUAGAGGAAAUGAUAGACACACCAGCUUCCUGUUUGACCUUCGAGGUCCUCAGCAGCUACUGUGUUACCAUAUGGACAGCCUUAUGUUAAUGCAUUUAUUAAACUUUAAUGAAAGAUUAUACAUUAUGAAAGAUGUGGUAGGUAUUAUUCUGAAACUACAAAAUACUUUUUCUUCAGGACUUUAACUUUAUUGGUUUUUGUUGUUUAGACGCUUUUUCAGGUGAAGUCACAUCAGAAACUGAAGCCAACCUUCAGGAUUAUUGACGCUCUCGUCAUUUCAUGUGUUAAUAUUUGUUUCCAGGUGAUGGAGGGCAACAAAAAUGCCUAUGCCUCGGUCAUCAAUGACCUCCACCCCCCGAUCAUCACCCGUUAUGUCCGACUGAUCCCAGUCACCGUGCUGUCGACCACCGUGUGCAUGCGAGUGGAGCUGUACGGCUGUCCGUGGGAGGGUACGCCACAUAAACACACACUCUCACUGCUCAUGUAUUGCUGAUGUUAGAGGGCAUUGAUGAGGUGGAUAAGGACUCUGAAGAGCUCUUCUCAGAAAUGUUUACUCCUCCUCAGAGACAAGUAAACUCUUCAGAGACCUCAUCUGUAAACAUCAAACCAAGCAGGGAAUUCAGAUCUCUGAUCAGCGAAACAACUUUUUACUCCAAAAGUUUGUUUGUUUGCAAAAAACAUCACAUCAAAUAAACACGGAGUGAAAUCCUCAUUUCAUUAUUUAAUACUCAAAUUUGCCUUAUCUUUCCAAGCUUUCUCUCUCAUCUAUUUUCUCUCCUCCCUGCAGAUGGUCUGAUCUCAUACAGCACUCCUGAGGGUCAGCUCAUGAUGCCGCCCGGGUAUCCCAUCGCCAGCCUCAAUGACUCCACCUACGAUGGUGCUCAUGAGAGGAGGCGAGUGACCCAUGAUAACCACACCCCAUAUCACUGUUUUCUGUUUUCUCCCCCACUCUUUAUGACUGACAGCUGUCUCUUCCAAUAGGAAGCUGUUUGGCGGGAUGGGCCAGCUGACAGAUGGUGUGAUCGGUCUGGACGACUUCCUGCUGACUCGCCAGUACCACGUGUGGCCCGGUUACGACUACCUGGGCUGGAGGAACGACUCACUGGGGACCCAGGAAUUUGUGGAGAUGGAGUUUGUGUUUGACAAGCCGAGGAACUUCACCUCCAUGAAGGUUUUAGAUUCUGCUUAUUUGACCUGAUCACAGAUCUCAUCAUCUGCUUCAGAGACUCUAGAAACAGGCUUCAGCUAUUCUGAGGCCAGACCGAUUAUCAGACAAUGAUUACACGGGACAAAACACAAGUGUAACUUUUUCACUUUCAUAAGCCUUUAUCAGUGCUUUUAUCUGGUUUUAACGCACUAAGGGCCUAAUCUACUAAAAGUUUGGCUGUAUAAAAACACAUGCAAACUUGAUAGCGUGCACCAAGCUUAUCUACUAACCGAGGAUCAGAGGAUUGUGUCUGUCAAAUGAGCAAAAGAACACGUGCAAUCGAUUGAGAAUGUUUGCCUUCAUGAAUAUGUAGAAUGUAUGUAGAUCACCAGAAUGUGCAAAAUACUGGGAGGAGGAAAUGCAGAUGUAAUAAUUUAGCUCUCACAAAGUGAUUUAUCAAACCUGGAAACCGAUUGCGGUGACUGUUUAGUGUCUACAUUUAGCAUGUUGGAAAGGUAUGUGCAAACUGGCACAGCGUAAUGCAUAAAUGGCCGUCGUCAUUGUGGGGAGAAGCAGGCAAAAGUACAAUGAUAGACGACGGAGAGACAGAGUCUUCUGUGCGCGUGUUGACAUAUUCGGACUGUCAGAAAUAAAAAAUAGUAGCGUAAAAGUAAUAGUAAUGCCAUUUUUUUAAGCUACUGGGUGACCUAAGAGCUGAAUUGGAGCCAGUCACAAAAAUUAUCCAUGUCAUGUCUCCUACUGAAAAACCACUUGUAACACUGCGUUUUCCUGUGUCCGGAUCAUUCAGCGCACCAUCGCAGUUAGUGCAUCUCCCAGAGUGCUUUUUCUGGUGUGCUGUCCCAAGUGUUGAAUGACAGGAUGAGCAAGUAUGUCCAGUUUCCACAGGACAAAGUAAAUGACACAAAACUUGGAAGGUCUUGGGGUCCUGUCGAGUCUUGGAGACACAGGCUGAGUGCUGCGGAGCUGCGGGUCUAAAAGCUUGUGAUUUAUUUUGUUUUUUUCUGGUAAAUUACAGUUUUUAUAAAUAAUUAGGUCAAACACGAAUGUCUUAUUGAUUUCUCAUUUUUCAUUUUAAAAAUAUUUUCUUAUAUUCUUUCUAUAUUUUAUCUAUUUUUUAUCUAUUUUCUUUAUCUGUAAAGCACUUUGAAUCGCCUUGUGUAUAAAUGGUGCUAUACAAAUAAACUUGCCUUUUAUGUGGCUGCUGGAUUUUACAAACUCUGGUAGCUUGUAGCAUGUGCAAAAUCCUCAUUUAAAGAGGGCGAUCUGCACCACUUUAGCACCUGUUAUCAAUUGCGCAUGCAAUGAUUGUAGAUCACCCGCAACACCCCCACAAAUAGCAUGUGCAAUCUUUUAGUUUGCACAGGCAAUUUAGUGCUCCUUGUUUGGGGUAUUGGUAGAUCAGGCCCUAAAACCGAAUAUUCUAGAAAAACAGAGUCAUGAUGGAAGGAUAUCAUCAUCUGCACAGGUAAUGAAUGGUACAGGUGCAUAGCUGCCUGUAGAUUAAGAUUUAUGAAAUAAAUAAGAAAAUGGACAAAAUAAAUAGUCAAAAAUAAGGAGAAAGACAAAACAGCAAAAAACUAUUUUAUCUUUUCUUUAAAACGUUGCACUCAGUCACGGUUAUGUAUAUCUUUAAAAUAUUGAAAUAUUUGGCGGUAAAAACUGCAACAACUGUGUUGGCUCCAACUAAGUCAUAAAUCUGCAAUCUAGAAAGCAGUCUGUUCAUGGGAAAAGGUUUGGUCCGUCUCUCUGCAUUAUGCUUUCCUAAGUGUUCAGCAAAGUUCACAACCUCCAGUUCUUGUGCAGCUGUGUAGCUCUUUCUGAUAUUGUCUGUGUGUAUCAUAGUUGUUUAGCUCAGCUAGCUCAGAUUAAUCUCCAUCAUCUCAUGUUCACUUAAGAUCUUUGUAUAAUUAAACACUGUCUGUCUUCUGUUUUCCCUCCAGGUUCACAGUAACAACAUGUUUUCUCGUGGCGUGAAGAUCUUCUCUUCUGUGUCCUGUUGGUUUAAGCCCCGCCUCAUCGCAGGCUGGGAGGUGGAGCCAGUGUCGUUUAAGACAGUUCUGGAUGACAGAAACCCGAGCGCCCGCUACGUCACUGUCCCCCUGAACCGCCGCACAGCCAAAUCCCUCCGCUGCAGGUUUUACUUCGCAGACAUCUGGAUGAUGUUCAGUGAAAUCUCCUUCCAGUCAGGUAACACACGCACUCACGCACGCACACACGCACGCACGCACGCACGCACUUAUUCCUUGACAAAAUAUUUAAAAAGUGGCAUUUUUUUGCCCCUCAGAGGACACUGUACUCCCAACCCAGAUGACCUUUUUAGUGACUUCCUCUCCAGCCAACAAGGAUAGUACUGUGCCAACCACAUCAAAGUCAGGUAUGACCUUUGACCUCUGCUGUUCUGCCCCUUACACUGAUAUUUGAAUUAUAACAAAGACAGACUCUUGGACUGUUCUGCUCAUCUGUUCUCUGCAGCAGCUGAUCCUUCUGCCAGUGACCCUCCAGACGAUGCAAACACGCCCAUUCUGAUUGGCUGCUUGGUGACCAUCAUCCUGCUGCUGGUCAUCAUCAUCUUCCUCAUCCUCUGGUGUCAGUACGUCUGUAAGGUGCUAGAGAAGGUGAGCAGAUAUUGAUGAGAGGUCCAGGUGUAUAAUGACACAUGAAGUUCAGAUCUUUGUCGAGAAUCAAAGAGCAGAUGGGUUAUUGAUGUGUCUCCUCUUCCUCUCUCAGGCACCACGGAGGAUCCUUGAUGAGGAGGUGACAGUCCGGCUCUCGUCCUGCAGCGACACCAUCAUCCUCCAGACACCCCCUGUGCCCCCCCGCUCAGGCCAUGCACCUUCAGGUACAAAUGACCCCAUUCUCAUUUGCAUUCAGGGUUCAGUUUCCAUCCUUGAAGUAUAAAUGUCUCUGAGACAUGCUGGUGGGAUUAGUCCUGUCUGUCUCCACUCUGUGCAGGACCCAGGGUCUAAACUUAGUCCUGGGGUGGAAGAUCUAAUACAGACAUCCAAACACAGAUCCUUCAGGCCUCUGUGGACCUUAUUUGUUGAAUUCAUUGACACACUUUCUUCCCCUUAGGCCCUGCAAACACGGACCCUCACUAUGAGCGAGUUUUCCUCCUGGACCCUCAGUACCAGAACCCAGCAGUACUACGAAACAAGCUGCCGGAGCUCUCACAGAGCGCAGAGGCAUCAGGUAAACACACAAGAGACCUUUAUUCAAACCUUUGGUAGAGUCAGAGGUGAGAGCCAAACAAACUAUGAGGGCAAAGUGAGCAGAUAUUAGCUCUUCUCUCUGUGUUCCUCCUCAUGUUAGUGUUCAGUAAGGCAGUUGUGGAGGUUUGACCUGCGGAAAGUCUGAGUGGAGAUAAAUCUGACUCAGUGAUGCCUCCAAAUUUCAUCCUCCAUAACAUGUUCAAACACGAGGGAGCUGACACAGUCGAGGCCUGUAGUUAAAUGAGUUCAGCUACUGCAAUCUGCCCUCUGCUGGCAGAUCUGUGACUCCUGUCCUCCUCCAGGACGCCUUUCUGCUUUAAACUUUCUUUUCUCUUAUAAGCACAGUGCACAAACUCUGUAUACUUCUUUUCUCUCUUUUCAGUCCUCAGUAUUUUCUGGUCGAUGCCUAAAAAUUGGACGUGCAUGCUCGUACAUUCUGCAGCUUCUCUCUCUCUUUUACUUCCCAGCCCUCUCUGUUUCUGUCUCCGUCCACCUCCUCCUCCUUUUCAUCCUCCAGCUCUCCUCCUCGGUAAUCCUCUCUAUGACCUCCUUCUGCUGACUUCCUGUCACAUGACGUCUGGCUGGCUGCGUGGUAAGAGCUAAAAGGUGUGACUCCAGACAUUUAAACAUUCAUCAGACAGGAUGCAGAAAAUAAAGUAUGCAUUUUUUAUUGGCUUCUUAACCUGCUAAUCCUUUUUAUUUUUCCUGAAGUGCAAAAACUGUGAGUUAUUAAAAAAUAUUGUAUACUAUGAAAAUCACUACUAUUCACUAUUACUUCAACAUAACACAAAAAUAAAAUUACAGAGACGCAUUUGACUCAAUUUUUCACCCUGACUUUAAGCACUAGACCAACUUUCUCUCAUCAGAUUACUCCUCAAUCAUUUGUCUUGCUAAGCUGUUUGAGUUGUUCCUCUGGAUAUGCAUGGACUAAAAUUUGGGGGUGAAGCCUCUUAACAAACCUCUGCAUUAAACCUCUGCCCCCAAAUAUCAACAAACUUUCUCCAAACUUUGAAAACCCCCUCUACAACAAGAAACCACAAAAAGAGCUAAAACAAAGGAAACAACCCUUAACUGUUCUCCCCCUAAUAGCGUGUGGAGGAGGCUACGCAGAGCCCGACAUCACCCAGUGCACCCCACACCAGUGUUUCCAUAGCAACGCACCACACUAUGCUGAGACGGACAUUGUGCGGCUGCAGGGCGUCACUGGAAGCAACAUGUACGCCGUCCCUGCCCUCACUGUGGACUCCCUCACCAGGAAAGACAUCUCUGCUGCUGAGUUUCCACGGCAACAGCUGAUCUUCAGGGAGAAGCUGGGGGAGGGGCAGUUUGGAGAGGUGAGCAAGGGAGGGGGUGGGACCAAAAGAGAAAACCACCAAAAUUGCAGAAAGUUAAAGUUUUGUUGGAAAGUGUCAGAAAGUCUUUGACUUCAGAGGAUUUCAGGUCUUACCUGCUUGUCUCUUUCAGGUCCACCUGUGUGAGGCUGAAGGACUCCCAGAAUUCCUUGGGGAGGGUUCGCCUCUUCCUGACAGAGACGAUCAUUCAGUGCUGGUGGCUGUUAAACAGCUGCGGGCCGAUGCUACCAGCCAAGCCAGGUACAGACUGUGGACAGGAACUUUGAUAGAGAAGGUUUUAGAUAAACAAAGUGAGAAGGUGGAUCAAAAUCAAAGGUCGAUCAAAUCAAACACAAAUGUUAUUCUCUGUCUUGCCUCCGCUCAGAAACGACUUCCUGAAGGAAAUAAAGAUCAUGUCUCGUCUGAACGACCCAAACAUCAUCCGACUGCUGUGUGUGUGCGUGUCGUCAGACCCGCUCUGCAUGGUGACUGAGUACAUGGAGAAUGGUGACCUCAACAUGUUCCUGUCACAGCGGGAGAUCGAGAGCACCCUGACACACGCCAACAACAUCCCCUCAGUCAGGUUAAUUCAACGUACUCGCCGUUUCUACAGUUUAGACCUGCUAACAUGCUCAAUCAUGAUGAAUGUUCAAAGAAACCCUGGAAGUUAUGAUCUCUGUUUUUCCCUCCUCCAGCCUCUCGGACCUCCUCCACAUGUCGGUGCAGAUCUCAUCAGGGAUGAAGUACCUGGCUUCUCUGAACUUUGUGCACCGUGACCUUGCUACCAGGAACUGCUUGCUGGACCGCCGCCUCACCAUCAAGAUAGCAGACUUUGGGAUGAGCAGGAAUCUGUACAGCAGUGACUACUACCGCAUCCAAGGCCGGGCGGUUCUGCCCAUACGGUGGAUGGCCUGGGAGAGCAUCCUGCUGGUGAGGACUGGGACAAGUUAACAUUAGACAUGACUGACUUUAGCUGCUCUUCAUUUGAUUCAUUUAUUUGACUCAAUUAUUUAUGUGCAUAGUGACCGUAAGUCUACAUUUGUCUUGUAAUAUAUUCAUGACCUGCACACUUGGUCUCAUCACAAGUAUCCCAGUGCAAAGUCGGUUUAGGAUUCAUAAUCUGACUUUUAUAGCGGAUUGUCAUUGCUUUGUCUUAUGAUUUUUUUAUGUUAAAGUUUCAGUAGAUUUGAUUUUUGAUGCAGAAUUUUACAGUGUGGGUGCCUCAAGACGUAACAAGAGCCAAAGGUGCCCUUUAAACAAUCCAAUCACAUGCUGAAUCAGGGAUAUGUCUGACCAGAUGUUGCUAGUUAAGCGGCACACAAACUGCUAAAUAAGGCACAGGGUGCAAAGAGGUUGGAUUAGGUCCCUUGAUUAGUCAAAGAUGUUUUGUAGGCGUGACAGAAAUCAAACCAAUCAGUGUGUCUGGUCCCAAUCCCUUUAGGGGUCAGAUGUGUUUCCAAUCAGUUCCAUUAACAUGGCAGGUUUAAGCACACACAGUUUGCAGUUCAGGUUAUGUGAUGAAUGUUUAAGAAUAGGCCAAAUAAGCACCCCUUUGAGAUGUGUUACUUCGUGUGUGAGAGUAAGUAAAUGUUCCUGCAUGUAAAUAAGAGCGUGCACAUCACAGAGAGGGCACAUCAUGAAGAGCUUGGUAACAUCUCAGGCCACAGUUUCUGGACUGUGCAGGUUUGUGAGGAGACAGCGAUAAGGGUGUCUUUGUCUUCUGGAUCAGCCCCAUAUAUCUGCAGCAGUCAUGAUGUAUGUAGACAGGAAAUGAUGCUUUAGACUUAAAAAACUCUGUCCAAGAAUGAAGAAAAAAACUGUAAAUUAUUAAUGAUUUCAGCAGAUAUUCUCAAAGAUUAAAACCUUGAGAAGCUCAUAUAUAUCAUCAUAAUGUUUAAAAUAGUAACCACAGAAGAAGAGGAUGUGGGGGCUGCGCACAAAAAUACCAACACUUGAUGGAGUUUCGAGGUCCUCUAAGCUCCAUUUAAUCAAUUAUCAGGUAUAUUUUGUGGGAUUUUAACGAGAGUUUGUCUCCGUCCUCUCUUCAGGGUAAAUUCACCACUGCCAGUGACGUGUGGGCAUUUGGUGUCACCCUGUGGGAGAUCUUCACACUGUGUAAGGAGCAGCCCUACAGCCUGCUGUCUGACGAACAGGUCAUAGAGAACACUGGCGAGUUCUUCAGGAACCAGGGCAGACAGGUAAGACCAUCCAGAUGCACCUGUAAAGAAAUCAGUAUUUUUAUAAUGUGUCCCACAUCAGGUCAGGCACUGACUUUGCAUCCAUGUUGAACAGACAGUGUUGUCUUUUUGGAUCAGAUUCAGCCUCCCAGGCAGUUUUCCAAUCCUCCAAUUUCCUCCACAUGGGGGAGCUACUCGGUCAUUAUUGCAUUGCAAACUUUACAUUUGACAUUCAAUCUCAGGCUUCCCUCAGUGCCUGGAGAAAAAUAUUCCAGGCAUGUGCUGACACCUUAACCCUUCUAAGUCUUUUUUAAAUUCAUGUAAUAAACAUAAAUUAUAGCUGCUGCACAUUAAUGAGACAGGGCUGAGCACUUUGAGCAGGACUGAGCAGACACAAUUCGUCAUUAUAGUUUUUCCAAUCACAGCAGCGCACACAGUUUUCCAUAAAAUCAGAAGAAAAUAUUUCACAAUUUCACCACCAAGAAAAACUUUAAUUUUGUUCAUCGUCUUACUCAAAACACAACUGACCAACAGAAAUAGACGGUCUGUUUAAGUACUGUCACCAAAAUACAAUAAUAAAUAAAAAUACAAGAAGCAACUUCAGAAUCUUUUAAACACACACAAAAAACUCAUUUCCUGGCAGUUUUAUGAAGUCCAAUAAUUAUGGCUUUUCUAAAACUGCAGUAUAAUAAUUAUACAGCCUCCUAAAUCCCUUGACUCCAACCCCAGAAACACUUGACACCAACCCGUCUGUUGGUGGAAGAUACAUGGAUUUCUGUACAUUCCAGUCCCUUUCCUCUUUUUAAACCCAAACUUGUGUGUAAUGUAAGCAAGUUUUCCAUGAAUACAAAUGAUGUUUGUUCUGCAUGAACAAGGUCCUGAACUCAACGAUAAAUGGUGAUCAAUGUUGAACCACCUUGAAGUACGUAUGCAUGGUGGUGGUGGUGGUGGUGGUGGGGGGGGGGGUCGCUAGUGUCUGGGAUCUGUAUUUUAGGGGUCCAGUUUGUGAACUCCUGGUUUAGAUUUCACUCUUUGUUAGUCAAUUUAAAACAACCCAAUAUGGACAAGGAAAAAUUGCACGAACCUGUCAACUUUUUCAGGGGCAGAAACCUUACACAGGACCAGACUCACUAGUUGCCAUGGUCAGACUAUAUGAUCUUUCUGUUUGUGCUGGAUUUGGCAUCCACAGAACAACAGAGUCAUGCUGUGACAUGACCAACAGACACGUCAGACUACAUGAUGGUACAUGACCGGAGUUCAUGACCAACAAGAAGAUGUUGGAAGGGAGAGGGACAGAGGUAGACGACUCCAAAAAAUACUGAGGGCAAUUACUCACAGGGUUGCUUCAGUAGGUCGUAGAGCUGGGCGAUUGAUUGGCUCUCAUUUCCCAAUUUUAAUAAUGGUUCUCUAUGUUCAUGAAAGACUGAUGGUUAAGACUGAAUGGUUAUUGUGCUGCCUGCAGAGGAGCAGGUAGAGGAGCAGGAGGGGGCAGAUGUGUGUAGUAGUGCAUGACUUCAAGGCAAAGGGACAGAGUGAGUACAACAGGAGAGAGCAGCUGUAGGGAUCAUGAGCGCUAAAAGUAACAGACCUUAUUCACCCUUUAAUAAUCAAAUAUCAUUUCUUUCUGAAAAAAACCCUGCUGCUCCAGAUCUGUCAAACUCUCCCCUUUGUCUCCUUAAGAUCUUCCUCUAUGCCCCUCCACUCUGCCCACCUUCACUCUUCGAGCUGAUGAUGCGCUGCUGGAGCCGCGACAUACCUGACCGACCCACCUUCGAGGGACUUUACCAGGCCCUGAGGCCCCACGUCAACCAAUGAGCCAAGACCAAGAAGGUGGACCUCUUGGGCUCUGAUUGGGUUUGUCUGCCUCUGGACUCCUGUUAGACAAAGACUGACCCAAGAGGACAGAGGACUGGACCUGCUUUAAAGGAGACAGUUGUUUUCCGAUGAAAUAUGGAGGAUUAACUUUGGGACGGUGGUUAGUUUGCAUUGUGGUAAAAGCAGCGCUUUAUUCUGCAGGAUGGAGGAACUCUUUCGCAACAUGAGAUUUUAAAAUUAAACUUUUCAAAAGUGAAUGAACAAAGAUUUUUAAGCUUUUAUAGAUUUUCUCUCAGUGCUGAUUUCACAGUCCUCUCUCUCUAAAGCUCUUUUGACAAACACAUCCUGGUGGACCUUUUUCUUUCCGUUUUCCAUCAUAAACUUCAUUUUCUUUCUGCUUCGACUUUUAAAGAAGCCAGAAACUGGACCACCUCUUCACCCUUGGUAGUGUCUCCUUUCCCUGUGGUUUUUAUAAUAAUUGUAAAGCACUGUCUGUGUCUCUCAGUUAUUCAUGUUCAUAUAUUAACCCACACUGGAGCUAGGGCUAGGGUCAAAAUGUAGAGUAGUUUUAUUUUUUAGAUUUUUAAUUCUAUUUUAUUUCCUGGUUUUUACCAUAUUUCCUAUUUGUCGGUCUGUCGUAUGGUUAUGAAUGUUGUUCAGCUGAGGUUCACGCUGAGGUGCCAAGAGGCUGCGAUGAAACCUGUGUGGUUCUCAGACUGGAAUCAGUCUGAAAUUGUGGGUAACUGCCUCGAAUCUUGAUUGGAGGUGCGUUGGUUCAAUAAGAAAAUAAUGCAUCUGUGCUCUUCUGUUGCCAAAGAGAAAUAAAGUAUGUAAGUAAUAAAAAACAAAAAACAAACAAACAAAAAAAAA